AUGGCAUCUAUCAAAGCCUUGGCUGAGUUGGUACCAUUCAAAACAAAACAUGGUAUCCGUGUUAAGAUAAUCACCAAAUGGAAUGCUGCUACCGGAUUUUUCAGUCAUAAAAAAUCAAUGCUUCUAGGAGAUGCGAAAGGAUUUAAAAUUGAAGCAACUAUUGAUGAUGAGCGUACUUUACCAGAUGGAAUCAUUCUAGAAGUAGGUGCUUGGUUUGAGAUCUACAAUUUCAAACUAACACGCUCUUCUGGAUUCAUAAGACCAACUAAGAGUAGAUACCAAAUCAAACUAUGCGAAUUGUCUGUCUUUUCGAAGAUUGAACCGCUCAAUGAAUCUUACUUUCUUUGUCUAACAAACUUCAAAAGUAUAAUUCAAGGUCUUUCUCAUUCGAUGUUCUGUAUUGACCUAUGUGGAGCGUUGGUUGGUGUUUUUGAUAUUGAAGAUAUUGAAGAAGAACCUGCGGAGAUAGUUGGUUCUAUGACCAAAAGAAUGAAGUUCUCCUUGAUUAAUAUUGGAUUAACUCAAAUUAAGUGUGUGGCUUAUGGAAGGCAAGCACAAGAGUUAUACGAUUUAUGGAGUUCUACCACUGCUAACACAGUUAUUUGUGUUUUAAGGUUAUGGAGAAUUGAGUGGGGUCAAGAUGGUUUCCAAUACAUGACAAAUACAGACUUCUCUGAGAUUUUGUUUGAUCAUGACAUACCAGAAAUCAAAGAUUUUCAAUCAAGAAUUCCAAAGAACUCUUACUGA